UAAAUGUCACUCGCAAGCUCCGUCUGACCACCAUCAUUCAACCAACAACUACAUCAUCAUCGUUGCAUUUUUCUGAACCACUCAAAUUACUCUAAUACAAUCCAAUUACCAACACACUAUCCCUAUCGAUCAUGCCAAAGUCCCUCACCAAGGUUGUGUACAAGCCCGACACUCAGUCGACAGACGAGUUCAUCACCUUUGUUAAUCCAGCAGAGUACAAGAAAUGGAAAGCAGGAGACAGAACGAUACCUCUAGCUGAGGUAGUCGAUUCCUUCAAAGUGUUUUACUCCAAUCAAGGUGCACAGGGCAUCUUGGGUGCGCCUUCAAAACAACAACUGGAUACUAUCUUCGGCACGACGAAAGAUGUCGAUGUCUUGAUGCACAUUCUGGAGAAGGGGAAAGAUCAGCCCGGGAAUGGCAUCAACUCAGGAACGACAACCAUGAAUGCUGCGCGUGGAAGCUUGAUGGACAACAAGAGCAAGGGAAUGUCGGGCAUAUGAUAAACAUGAUCAUGAUUGUGUAGAUGUUUGCAACA